GGGCUGCGGCGAGGAGCUUUGUCCGCGCUGGCGGCCCGUAGCUCGCCCGGUUGGGCCGACGUGUAAGAGGAGGGCGGCCAUGGCGGCCGCCUGGGAGGAGAUCCGGCGCCUGGCCGCCGACUUCCAGCGGGCGCAGUUCGCUGAGGUGGCCCAGAGGUUGUCAGAACGGAACUGUAUAGAAAUCGUCACUAAACUGAUCGCAGAAAAGCAGUUGGAAGUGGUGCAUACACUGGAUGGAAAAGAGUAUGUCACGCCAGCACAGAUCUGUAGGGAGAUUCGGGAUGAGCUUCAUGUUAGUGGUGGUCGAGUAAACAUUGUUGACUUGCAACAGAUAAUAAAUGUGGACCUUCUGCACAUAGAAAACAGAGCUAAUGAUAUCGUUAAAUCAGACAAAACUAUUCAGCUUGUGCUGGGACAGCUUAUAAAUGAGAGUUACCUAGACCAAUUAGCAGAAGAAAUAAAUGAUAAACUACAAGAAACUGGCCAGGUGACAAUAUCCGAACUCUGCAAGGCAUAUGACCUUCCAGGAGACUUCCUGACACAGGUAUUAUCCAGGCGUUUGGGUAGAAUUAUUCAUGGACGACUAGACCAGGAAAACCGUGGGGUGAUUUUCACAGAAGCCUUUGUUUCCCGGCAUCGAGCACGCAUUCGUGGUCUCUUCAGUGCGAUUACUCGGCCUACACCUAUAAGUAACUUGAUCACUCGGUAUGGAUUUCAAGAACAUUUACUUUACUCUGUGCUAGAAGAACUUGUUAACGCUGGUCGUCUAAAAGGCACCGUGGUUGGUGGGAAACAGGAUAAGGCUGUGUUUGUUCCAGACAUCUAUGCCAGAACACAGAGCAACUGGGUGGAUUCCUUUUUUAAGCAGAAUGGUUACUUAGAAUUUGAUGCGUUAUACAGACUUGGAAUCCCUGACCCAUCAGGCUACAUUAAAAAAAGAUACAAGUCCACAAAACUCUUAUUUCUGAGAGCAGCUUGUGUUGGUCAAGAAAUUGUGGAUCAGGUUGAAGCUUCUGUAGAAGAAGCCGUCAGUUCUGGAACCUGGAUAGAUGUAGCAACUCUUCUGCCAAGUUCAUUAUCAGCAGAAGAUUGUGGAAUUUUGCUUCAGCAAGUGAUGAGAUCUUUGAACAAAAACUCUUCCGGUUUAGUCUUCAGCGACACCAUUGUAGUCAGUGAGAAAUUUCUAAGCAGCUGUACUGAUCUGUUUUCUGAUAUGAUGAAACAGAAAGCUGAAAAGGAAAUGAAAAAUAAUCCUGUUCACUUAAUCACUGAAGAAGAUUUAAAACAGGCUUCUGUUUUAGAAAAUUCAAAUGCUAAUAAAAAAGACAAAAAAGAUGACAGAAGAAGGAAGGCAACUGAGGGCAGUGGAAGUGUGAGAGGAGGCGGUGGUGGUAACGCUAGAGAGAUCAAGAUUAAGAAAACCAAGAAGAAAGGAAGGAAGGAUGCUGACAGUGAUGAAGAGUCACAAACAACUAGCACAGAUAGGAAUAAGCACAUGGAGUUCCCUUUCAUUACCCAAGAGGAAAUUCAGGAUGUUUUAAAGACCCGUAUGCAAGACUGCCCUGAGGAGCUUAUUACAGAACUUGCUGAACAUCUAAUAAGACCUCUAACAAAAAGUUAUCAAGAAGUUGUGCGUUCCGUUUUUACAUCUUCAACAUCUUCCUCUGGAGCUAGCAGAAGACAGACUAUGAAGGACUUGCAGGAAGAAUUCUCAAACUUGUACAACAACAUUCGGUUAUUUGAAAAGGGAACAAAGCAUUUCACAGAUGAAACUCAGACUAACCUUGUCAAGCACCUGUUGAAGACUGUCUGUACAGAUGUUACAAAUCUUAUUUUCAACUUCCUAGCAUCUGAUUCAAUGAUGACAACAGAAAAUUACUCUGCCAUCACAAGUGAGGUCAGGACCAAGAUUUUAGGUAAAUUGCCAGAAGACACCAAAGGUCCUUUAACUAAACUGCAUACUUCUCUGAAUGGCAAGAGUUUAGAAGAUUUCCUUUCAUACCUUGAUUCUGCAGCAGAUAUUUGUGAUAUUAUGGUGAAAAAAGGAGACAAAAAGAAAGAAAGGCAAGUCUUAUUUCAGCAUAGACAAGCUCUGAUUGAACAGCUAAAAGUAACAGAAGAUCCAGCUCUUGUUCUGCACCUGACAUCAGUACUGUUAUUUCAGUUUUCAACCCACUGUAUGCUUCAUGCACCAGGGAGAUCUGUACCACAGAUCAUUAAUUUCCUAAGCGGCAAGAUCCCAGAGGAUCAGCAUUCUCUGUUAGUCAAAUACCAGGGAUUAGUAGUGAAACAAUUGAUCAGUCAGACUAAGAAGACUGAACAGGGGGUCAGCGAUGAAACAGAAGAGGACGAAGGAGCAGAUGCCAUUCGGAAAGAGCUCCAGGAAAUCACUACCUCUAUCAAAGAUCUUGUUCUCAGACCUAGAAAAUCUUCUGUAACAGAGGAAUAAAAUGAUUAUUGAGUGCAUCCACAUCUGUGAUAUACUCAGAUGUAUUUUUUUUUAUCCUGAGGGGAAGGAUAGGAGAAAAUGCUUGAAAAACUUCCAAUAUUUGGCUUCUCGCAAAUCACAGCCAGGGAACACAGCUGUUGUGUGAUAGUGACAAAUGGAGUUUUGUUUAUGUACUACUGCAGCAUACCUGUAACAUGCAUAAUAAUGUAUUAGAUGUAGGUAUGACAGAGCGCAACUGUGGGUACUUUGGGUAUGAAAACAGUGGUUUUUUUAAUUGGCAACUUCGAAUGAGACCUCAAGAAAUGGUUAUUUUUCCUGUAACACUGUUCUGUUACAUGCUUCUAGUUAUGCUCUUCUGAUUUUGAUUUAUAAUGAUAAAAGGAUUGCAUAUAAGUUUAUAUAAGCCUAUGUAUCAAUCUCAAAGACUAGUUUUGAAAUGAUAAUAUUGCUAUAAAUGGUGUACAAAUGAAAGGCCACUUUUACUUUUUGAUAUCAUGAGUGGUUAUUUUCAGCUUCUGUUCACUAAACUGCAAGAGUAAAAACACUUGAGUACAAGUUUAUGUACCUAAACUUAAGUGACUCAGUAUUAAUGUGAGUUUCUAAAGGUACUGAAAGCUUUCAAAAAUCAGCACACCCAUACCAUUCAUGUGUUAACAUCAAUAAUAGCAGUUCAUUUAAAACUUGUAAUUGGGACAGAAGAGGCAAUAAUCUUUUGCACUAAUAUUUUGAGGGUGAAGAAAUAGUGUUGCACCAGCCAUAUUUAACAUACUACAUGUUAUUCAGCAGUCUUGUUGAUUUCUCAGUCCAGUUCUGGUUGCAGUUUGAAGGCAGCUGCCUUGAGGGAACUUCUAGUAUUCUGUUUACCCUGAGUUUCUUGAAAAAAAAUUUAAAAGUUAACUUUUAUGAUAUUUUUACAUAAACUUUAUGGACUGAAAUUUGUUUUUUCUAACCUGAAAUAGCAAAAUAUUGUUAAAAGUGUUUCACUCAAGUGUUUUACCUGCCUUAUUUUCACAAGUACUUUAUGUAUUCAGGAAAGCUGAAAACGUGUAGAUUAAAUAAAUUUGAGUUCUGCCACUAUUUAUGACAUAAAACUUGUCAUAACACUAUGUCAAAUUAAUUUCUGAUUUGCCACAUUAAAUAAGGUCACUUUAAAACCAUAAAUGUUUUAGUUGUAUCAAAUCCUUUUUAGAUUUAUAUUACUUCAGUAAGGCCCAUUGCUUUCACGUGUGUAAUUGCAGGUUUUUGCAUAAAAUCAAAUUUGAGUACUAAGACAAGAAAGCAUUCUUUUCACUGAAAAAGUUGCUCAACCAAAUUUCCAAAAUUCUUUGAUGCUGAAAGAAAGCAAAUAGAUUCUGUGCAAGUCCUACUUUGUUUAAAUACUUUGUCAGCAAAACAAAUACCAUUCAUGUAUUCUACAUGCUUAAUCAAAAUUAUCUGCAAUCCUGAAAUUAAUUAGAACAACAAAAGUUGACGAGGUGAGGUACAGAAACUCAGAUUAACCAAGGUUGAGUUAAUUUUGAUAAUGUACUUUUAUAUCUUUAAAAUUGUUUUUUACCUUACAUUUAACGAUGUUCACAUCAUAAUUCUGAUCUUUUACCCACUGCAAGAAAAAAGCAGUGUGCUAGUUGUAAGGCAGAAGCAAAGGUAGUUGUUUGUUUUUCUUUGGAUGGAGGCUAUCUUAGAUGACAUUAAAGGACAGCGAGGAAUAAGAGAAAAGUAGUGUUCUGGCUCUUCAGCUUUGUUUAAGAAAAAGUUUGCAUACAGUGAACAGGCUUGAUUUGUUGUUAUUUAGCCAGAAUAAUGACAAUUUUCCUAUACUGAAUGUAAACGAUUUUAUAUAACACGGAUCUAUUUUGUAAAUAGUAUGCCAUAUGACAUUCUGUAUGCAAAUAUGAAAAUAUUUUAAUAACAUUAAAAGAAGUAUUUAAAAUGCACUUUGUUGAUUUAACCAAUGGUUGAUGAUCUUGCAACUUGAAGCUUUCAAACAGCAAUCAGUUAUAUGCCACUGUUUUAUAUAACAUGCUGUUCUGAGCGUUCCUGUAUUUUUGUUUGAUUCUGUUUUAUGCUGGAAUAAUAACUUAUAAAAUCUACUAAACCAUG